AUGAGUUUGAACGAACACUCUUUGCAAGCUCUGUCAUGGAGAAAACUUUACUUGAGUCGAGCAAAGCUAAAGGCUACGAGCAGAACUUCAGCUCUCCUGUCGGGUUUCGCAAUGGUGAGUACAACUCAGCGAUUGGAGCGGAUUCUGACAACUUUGCCAAAAUUGAGUGAUAUGACGCACAAUUUCUUGACACAUGAGACCUACCGGCCUAUUUGACUGUCUAAUAACGUAGCGUUCGUAAUCAAGUGGGAAGGUAGUAAUUACCAGUUGUGAAGUCGUAAAUACAAAUUCAAGCGCUUUGAACUCGUUGAGAAACGCCGAUUGGCUAAUGUAAUGGGCAACAAGCUGUAUCAACCAUAAACUAAAAGUAGGCUCACAGCUAUCAUGUCUGUAAACAAAAUAUAGUGUUCAAAAACCAUAUUAGUAGAUUACUUUUUAUAAAUAAUGUUUUGUUGUUACAUUUAACUGUCGAAAAUGUUAUCGAGGUCAUUCCCUUAGUAGGGGAAGUCAGAGGUCAGCAUGUGGGAGAAGUCGGAGCUCAGGGAUGAUGCCGCUUUCAAAACAACUGGGAACUCUUAAAUCUCCGACUACAGUGCGUUCAAGACAACUGGGAACUCUGGAAAAAACUAGCUCAGACUGAGAAAAAUCUAUUUGAACGGUCAUCCAACUCGGAAUUCAAGUCGGAAACUCAGGCAUCUUUCUAGAGCGCUGACCUGACGAUCACUGACGUCAUGAUUUUAUCUAGUUUUUUCAAGUGGAUUUUUCCCAGUCAUAUGUGGUAAAUACCACCUUCCCACUUGGUUAUGAACGCAGCAUUAGGCCUGAUGAAGUGUGGUAUAUUUAAACAAUAAGGCCCGAGGAGGUGUGGUUUAUGGCCAAUCGAGGUCAGCUAAGGGCUGUUCUUAAGCACAACACAACACAGAGUAUGCAUAGAUUUGCAUACCCACGGCCACGGAUGGAGCAUAGUUGAAUGCAUUUAAAUGUCUCUGCAAGUUUAAACCACUAUGCAAGGCCAGAUGCAAAGUAAAAAUGGCAUUAGUGAGUCAGACUCAUAUCUAAACCUUAACCUACCACAAAUAAACUGCAGCAAAUCCUACUGUUCCAUACAAGCCAAUAACAUUUAAUCUGACAGUCACUCACCCAACAGACAGUUAGACCCAGUACAGUUGUCACCUGGUCACAGGGGUUAGGCUACAUCUUCCUGUGCAGCCUGCACCCAACAGAGAAAAAAUAUAGAAUUGUCACAUGCAGUGGUUGAGCUAUAAAUGAGAUCGUCUCUGUUCAAAUUGUUCUGAAUCAAAUCCUGCUCGUUGCUCUCUCGGUCAGUGUUUCGUGUUAAAAUGCGUCUCUGUAUUUCAGGUGGCUAUGGUAGAGGUGCAGCUGGAGCCAGAUCAUGUGUAUCCCCCAGGGCUGCUGAUAGCCUUCAGCGCCUGCACCACUGUCCUAGUGGCAGUGCACCUCUUCGCCCUGAUGAUCAGCACCUGCAUCCUGCCAAACCUGGAGGCCGUCAGCAACGUUCACAACUUGAACUCGGUCAACGAGUCACCCCAUGAGCGCAUGCACCACCACAUUGAGCUGGCCUGGGCCUUCUCCACUGUCAUCGGCACCCUGCUCUUCCUGACCGAGGUGGUUCUGCUGUGCUGGGUCAAGUUCCUGCCCCUCAGGCGCCCCAGUGAUAAUGGCACCAUCAGUUCUGGUGAGGCGGCAGCCAUUGCCUCCACCUCCAUCAUGGUGCCAUUUGGACUAGUGUUCAUCGUGUUCGCUGUGCACUUCUACCGCUCUCUGGUCAGUCACAAAACUGACCGUCAGUUUCAGGAGCUGGAGGAGCUGUCAAAUAUCACCCGGCUGCAGAACCAGCUGGACCACAGGGCAGAGACGACCAGUCUGCAGCCCUCCUCUGUCCACUUCCCCUAA